UUAUUCAAUAUUAAUUUCUCGGAAACCCUAAACCUUAUUCAAUAUUAAUUUCUUGGAAACCUUAAACCUUAUUUUUGUUGAAGAGUCGACCACUGUUUUCUCUAUUUCUUCCUUGACUACAAGUCGAAAGCUUUUGGCCAAAACAAUCUGCAAUCGGAGAGUGUAUUUGUGUUUGUUCAAUGGCGGCUGACUCAGAUGUGGCGAAGACUGCGAUAUCUUGUGUUCGGUGUGGCAAACCUGCAAAUCUUCAAUGUCCGAAGUGCAUGGAGUUAAAGCUUCCUCGUGAAGAUGCUGCUUUCUGCACUCAGGAUUGUUUUAAGGCUUCUUGGAGCACUCAUAAGUUAGUUCAUUUGAAGGCAAAGAUGUCCUUAAUUGGGACAGGUUCUCCUGGUGAAAGUAACUCAAACGGACUUAAUGAAGGCUGGCAAUAUUGCUUGAGGAAGGGGCAGGCUCGAACGACAAAACUUCCAUAUUUUGAUUGGACAGGCACAUUAAGGCCGUUUCCCAUAUCUGGCAAGCGUAGUGUUCCAGCUCACAUUGAUCAUCCUGACUGGGCAGUUGAUGGUGUUCCAAAGAUUGAGCCCAAUAGUGAUCUGCAGCAUGCAGUUGAGAUCAAAACUUCUGAUCAAAUAGAGAGGAUGCGUGAAACUUCUCGAAUAGCAAGGGAGGUCUUAGAUGCAGCUGCACGCGUUAUCCGACCUGGUGUGAUGACUGAUGAAAUUGACGGAGUAGUUCAUGAGGCCACUAUAGCUGCUGGAGGAUAUCCAUCUCCUCUUAAUUAUCAUUUCUUUCCAAAGUCUUGCUGCACCUCAGUAAAUGAAGUAAUCUGCCAUGGAAUUCCUGAUGCCAGGAAAUUAGAGGACGGAGACAUUGUAAAUGUAGAUGUGACUGUUUACUACAAAGGUGUCCAUGGUGAUCUGAAUGAAACAUAUUUUGUGGGAAAUGUUGACGAAGAAUCAAGGCGGCUGGUCCAGUGUACUUUUGAGUGCUUGGACAAAGCAAUAUCCAUUGUGAAACCCGGAGUUCGAUUUCGUGAAAUUGGAGAAGUUAUUAAUCGCCAUGCUUUAAUGUCAGGCUUUUCUGUGGUUAAAUCUAUCUGCGGUCAUGGUAUUGGAGAACUCUUUCACUGUGCCCCAAACAUUCCUCAUUAUGGAAGAAAUAAAGCAGUUGGUGUGAUGAAGGCUGGACAGACCUUUACAAUCGAACCAAUGAUUAAUGCAGGGGUUUGGCGUGAUCGAAUGUGGGCUGAUGGAUGGACUGCUGUUACUGCAGAUGGCAAACGUAGUGCUCAGUUUGAGCACACCCUUCUGGUGACAGAAACUGGUGUGGAGGUUCUUACAGCUCGACUUUCUUCUUCCCCAAAUGUCUUUCCUUGGUUAAAUGUAUAAGAGGAAAACAAUAAAACAUCAUUCAUAUAUCAUUCUGUAACAAUAAGAGUAUAAAUUAUUGCAGGUGGCUUUCUAUAUCUACCUCUCUUUAACCGGUCUUUCUUUUUUUCUUGGAAGGGUGUUGCUUUUUGUAAUCUUUUGACAAUGAAUAUUCAUCAAUUAUGAGUUGGGUUGUAAGUUGUAACUUCAAAAGGUGAACACAUUACUUAUGAA